AUGAUUGGCAAUAUUUCAACAAACAUAAUUGCCCUCGUGCUUCUAGCCAACACCCCACAAAUUGUGCUGUCAACUCUCUACUUCCUUAUCAACAGCAUUCUCACCUGCAUGCUCGUUGCCGCAGAAUGGGGCCAUUACGCGCGCCGCCGCCGCCCACUGCGAGUUUCUUGGCCGCGCGGUCAGCAACGGUCAACCUAUUACCUCAGUCUACCCUACCGGUAUAGCCUCCCUCUUCUUGCCCUGUCUACCAGCCUGCACUGGCUUGUAUCGCAGAGCAUUUUCUUCGUCAACAUCAGAACAUACUCUCCGGACGGGGAAGAAGAUAAGGAGAGCUCAUCCCGGGGAUGUUGCUAUUCUCCGGUGGCCAUGUUCAUUGCUCUUUGGGUGGGUGUUUUUGCUCUGUUUCUGUCGUUGGGGAUUGGGGUACGACGGUUCAAGUCGCAUAUGCCACUGGCGGCGCAUUGCAGUGCGGCAUGUCAUUCACCGGAAGGGGACGAGGGAGCUGCGCUGAAGCCCGUGAUCUGGGGCGAAAUCCCUCGAGGGGAGGGAGAGCAGAUGACAGAGUAUAGGGGCGCAGGGACAGGGGAUGAGUCAGAGUAUUCCCACUGUUCAUUCACGUCUUUGGAUGUGACGCCUAGUUUGGGGCGGAUGUACUGCUAG